AUGACACCAAGAGGGAGAAACCUUGAAGCUAUGAUGCAGCAGUUCAUGGAGAAUCAAGAGCAAUUUAUUGAAGGAAUGAAGCAAUGCGCCAAAGAUAACAAAAACCUUGGUUUCAAGAUGGAUAGCAUGCACGAUCAUCUUCAAAGGAGUAACCAGGAGCUGUAUGAGAGAUUUAUCAACCUCUCUAAUCAUGUUAAGAUGCUGGAAGUGCAAGUUUCCCAAAUUACAGAAGGAUCCAAGAGACAAGCCAAUGUUCUUCCAGGAAAAGUGGAGGAGAACCCUAAGUUUUGCAAGGUGAUAACAACCAAGAAGAAGGAUGCCGUUUCACAAGCCCCUAGAGUUCAAUCAACCUCCAAGCAUCAAGUGACAAGACGUGAAGAUGAUGAGCCUAUUUCAAAAGCACCACAUCAAAGGAGGCUUAAGAAGAGAGAAGAUCCAGUGAAGUUUAUCUUCCCUUGCACAAUCAAUGGUAUUGACUUUAUUGAAUCUUUGUGUGAUACGGGAUCUACAGUGAAUCUCAUGUCUAAGAUCAUAGCAAGGAAGCUUGGGAUUGUAGAGAUGGAACCUCCUGGAAAGAUGCUUAAGUUUGCAGAUGCUUCUAGCACAACUCCAUGUGGCUUUGUGCGUGAUCUAGAGAUGCAAAUAGGUGGAUGUCUAGUCCCCACCGAUUUCCACAUCAUAGAAAUGCAAGAUGAAGCUUCUAUGUCUCUGAUCCUUGGGACUUCUUUCCUUACAACCGUGGGAGAAAUGUUUGAUUUUCGCAAGGGACAAGUUUCUUUCUCUGAAAUCAAGAAGAAGGUCUUCUAUCCUGCCGUUCCUGCUGAAACCUCAUGUUGUACAACCAUCUACAGUGAGGAGAGAGCAAGUUUAGACCCUGGGGAUGACAUUAAAAGGUCACAAGAUGUUCCUCAAGAAGCUCUCUACAUUGGAUCUUAUGACAUUUUCAAGUCAGCCCCAAGUGCAGCCAAGCUCCCACCGGAGGAAGCCACUCUCACGGCCAAGGAAGGAGCCUUGCCGCCUAAAAAUCCAAAGAAGAAUGAGCACUAUCCCAAACCAAAGGAGAGGAAGAAACCAUCGGAGCUGAAACAUAAAGAUGUCUUCAAGGACCUCCACUCGGUUUUGCCUCCCCCCUUUGAUGAAUAUGAAGCUAAGGAGGAGCCUGAUGGUUUGCCUAAGUCCCUUACCAAAAUACGAAUCCUUUUACCUAAGGGUUGUGACCCAAAAGAAGAUCCUACCGCAAAGGAGAAGCUAAAGAACACCUUAAGGCUCUUCCCGAGUGCAUUUGUCUUCAAAGAUGGCAUGGGAGAUGAUAUUGGCGUGCCCAAACCACCACAUGAGCCCCCUGGACAAGAGAAGGAAGAAGCAAAAGGGAUCCUAAACCCCUUAGUUGAUGCUCCAACCAACUAA